AUGAACCUUCGUGAUGCAGGUCGCAAAAGAGCCUUGCUACUUCACUAUGUUGGUGAACGUGUAAAUGAUAUUUUUGACACACUACCUGACCGAGGAGAAAACAACAACUUUAACGCUGCUUGUGAUGCAUUGACGGCAUAUUUUACUCCGAAGAAAAAUGUAUCCUUUGAAAUAUUUAAAUUUCGUAAAUUACAACAAGUCCCAGGCGAAAGCAUCGAUGAAUAUCACACACGCUUACAAAUUGCGGCAAAAUACUGCGAGUUUCACGACCAUGACAUGGAAAUUAAAUUACAGAUAGAACUUGGGACUUCAAGUAAGAAGCUUCGGCAACAUUCGUUUCGCAACCCAAGCCUCGCUUUAACAGAUUUGAUCAGUUAUGCCAGGACUCUUGCGGAGACUGAAAAACAAGCAUCUGGCAUCGCGAAUAGUUCAUUCAACAUGCCCUCGUCAGCAGAGAUAAACGCUGUCAACAAAGAUAAUUCUUCACCAAAUGAUCAACGUUCACAGAAACCUGAACCAAAACAGAAAGAGCUGCCUAGAACAUCAGAACAGGUGCCUACUAGAAAAUGUUUCAGAUGUGGACUUGCCUGGCCCCACAAAGAUCAACCAUGCCCUGCUGAAGGACAGCAAUGCAACAAUUGCAAAAAGUACAAUCACUUUGCACGUGUUUGCAGGUCGACUCGACGAAAACAACCCAGCAACAAAGUCCGUAAGAUUGAACAGGCUCAACAACAAGUAGAAAGUGAUGACAGCGAUGAAUAUGUGUACACACUCGAGACACCAGCUGACAAAGAGAACUUUCAGAAGACAUUAAGAGUUGGAAAUUCAGAGAUACCUUUUCAAAUUGACACUGGUUCAACUGCCAACAUUAUCAAUGAAACAUCCUAUAAACAUCUUGUUGAUGGAAACCCUACAAUAACCCUUGCCAAGUAAAAAAACCCGCCUUUUUGGUUUUGCUAGCUCUACACCCUUACAAGUCCUAGGACAAUUUCAAUGUACUCUUGAGUCAUCGCAUGAAAUAACGACUGCAAAAGUGUUUGUAGUGAAAAAUGCAACUGGAUGUUUACUUAGUGGACAUACAGCAAUUGAAUUAGACCUCAUUCAUGUUAAAGUGAAUGCAGUUACAGCAGAAAUACCAACUCGUCUCACUCCAUUGAUCCAAGAGUACAGUGAUGUCUUCACAGGCAUUGGCAAGCUUAAGAAUUUCAAGAUUCAUUUACACAUCGAUCCAAGUGUCAAACCUGUAGUGCAGCCCACUCGUCGCAUUCCCUUUGCCAUUCGUAACAGAGUUGAAGUCGAACUGAAACAUUUAGAAGACUCUGACAUUAUCGAGCCUACUACAGGGCCUACACCAUGGGUUAGCCCUAUUGUUGUCUUCCCAAAGCCUAACCAGCCUGAUAAAAUACGCUUGUGUGUUGAUAUGCGUAUGCCAAAUCAAGCAAUCCAGAGAGAGCAUCACCCACAACCAGUUAUCGAUGAUCUUAUAACAGAUUUAAAUGGAGCAAAAUAUUUCAGCAAACUUGACCUUUCAUCGGCCUAUCACCAGCUUGAACUUGACGAAGACUCUCGCUCUAUUACCACAUUCACAACCCAUAAAGGUUUGUAUCGGUACAAACGCCUAAACUUUGGUACUAACAGUGCUAGCGAAAUUUUCCAGAAUGCUUUGGACAAUGUUUUAAAUGGAAUAGAGGGAUGUCGCAACAUUAGUGAUGAUAUCAUCAUAUUUGGAAAGACAGAGAAAGAUCAUAAUGCGUCCUUGCAGAAAGUGCUGGAAGUUCUCAAAGCGAACAAUCUGAAAUUGGGGUUGGCAAAAUGCCAAUUUGACAAAGAACAACUAGAAUUUUUCGGGUAUAUUUUUUCUGCAGAUGGAAUUUCUCCAAGCCCCAGUAAGGUUGACGCCGUGAAGGAAACACCAGUUUCCACCAACCCUACAGAGGUUCGAUCUUUUCUUGGAAUGAUCCAGUACUGUGGACGUUUCAUCCCAAACGUUGCCACUUUUUCCGCACCUCUACGUAUGCUCACACAGAAAGAUGUUAAGUGGGAUUGGACCAGCAUGCAUCAAGAGGCAUUUGAAACUUUAAAACGACUGCUGACUUCGGACACGGUCAUGGGGUAUUUCGAUCCUAGCAAAAACACAGAAUUACAUGUGGAUGCUUCACCAGUUGGCGUCGGUGCCAUUCUAACCCAGACAACACCCGGAAAGGAUGAUACGAAAGUUAUGGCUUACGCCAGUCGCUCCCUAACACCAGUUGAAAGCCGGUACUCGCAUAUAGAAAAAGAAGCAUUAGCUAUUAUAUAUGGCAUUGAACAUUUUCGUUUAUAUCUUAACGGGCACGUUUUUACAUUAAUAACUGACAACAAACCUCUUGAAUUAAUCUACAAGAACCUCCAGUCUCGCCCAUCCAGCCGUAUCGAGCGAUGGUGCUUACAUCUUCAAGAGUACUCAUUCCAUGUUAAAUAUCGGCCGGGUCCAAAGAAUCCUUCAGACUAUCUAUCUCGUCAUCCAUGCACUGCCACAAACACCAGAAAUUCCCUUGAGAAUAUAGCUAAAGAGCACGUUUGCCUGAUUGCUGAAAAUACCAUACCUGUUGCUAUGGAUAUUGCUUGUAUCAAGGAUGCAACCAAACAAGACCCCACUCUUAGUAAAACCAUAGAAUUUAUUCAAACAAAUAACUGGACUGCUCUUGAGAAACAAGACAAAAUGUCUACAGGAGUUAAUAUUGAUGAAUUACAUGCCUUGUAUAAACUACGAGAUGAAUUGACUGUGUCAUCAGAUGCCGAUAUUCUACUUCGAGGAAACCGAGUUGUCAUACCAACUAAACUGAGAGCCCAAGCUGUCAAAUUGGCACACGAAGGCCACCAAGGUCUAGUUAAAACUAAAUGCUUAAUCCGAGAGAAAGUAUGGUUUUACCAAAUUGAUUCAUAUGUUGAAGAGUGCUUGCCAAUCAGUCACUCGACCAAAACCCCCUGCACCACUAAAAUUGAUUCAGAUCCCAAAGCAUCCAUGGGAUACCGUUUAUGUAGAUUUUCUCGGCCCAUUUCCAAGUGGAGAAUUACUUCUUGUGGUAAUUGA